AUGCAUGGUAUGAGCAAGAUUUCCCAUUUUCAAGGACAACAAGCCCCCAUUGAUCAUCUGGUCAUUAGCAGCUACAUGAUUGAAGGUGAUGGUGUAUCACAAAAUGCAAUGAAUGAUCAUGGGGAUUGCAUGAACACUGACAUUUUGAAUGUAUCUGCUAAUGAGAUGGAAAUGGUGGCAGUCAAUGAUGGAGACAGUGCAGAUGACAACAGGAACCUGAGGGAUGGCACAGAAGGCAAUGGGAAAAGGAAGCACACAGGCUCUCUAGCUCUGUCUCCCCAAAUGUCCAUCCCUCAUAACCCCAUCAAUGCAGGGCCUCCUCAAAUUGAAGUGGCUAAGGAGGGCUCACAUGUCACUCAUCAGAGUGAGGUAUCCACUACUCAGCAGUCUAGUCAGGGAGACAAUGCCCAUACCAUCACCACAGGACCACUAUCUACUGCAGCCCAGGACUGGCUGGAGACAUUUUGA